AUGGCAAUUGUGGCAUCAUCAGACUCGCCACCGACACUUCGGCCGUACGGGAAGUGGGACACGGCGCCAUCGGCUUCGGCCCGCUACGGCAACGCCAAGGGCAGGGUGUUGGAUGACUUGGUCAGGGCAGAUUACGUGGACGAAGAGAGGUGGCUUCCGCUCUUUGGGAAAGAUGGGCAGCAGCUGCUGACGCGCCACGAGCGUCUCAACGUGCGGAACCAGUGCGAUAACAGGCUCAAGUACAAGAAGUUGGUCUUAACAAUUGGGUGCAAGCCCAAUCAACGAAAUGAGAUGGUGUUCGUCCCCAAGGCCAGGGGCAGCGAGGGACACUGGUGUCUUUCUGGAGCGCACCUCGUGGAAGCGAUCUACGAGGCACAUGCAGAACAGCCUGAGAAUCCUCAGGUGAUUGCGUCAGUGGCUGGUGGCGUGAAGGCGUGCGUCCUCGAUUGCCGCAGUCCGGACGACAUCUUGUCGCACUUCAAGGAAGACGGGAACGGCCUCAACCACAUCCGCGGCCAGGUCGCAUUCACUGAGAGCGUUGGCGAAGUUGGCUCGAUGCAGAAGAAAUGGAAGGAUAGCAGGAAGGGCGAGUUUGACGACCACGACUACGAGGAGCACAAAUCAAAGUUCGACAACAAAAAGUACGAGUCUGAGUACAUGGAGUUUCUGGACAGGGAGUUCCCCGGCUACUUCGAGGGCAACUGGAACCUCUUCGACAUGACCAGGCGCGUCUAUAACAAGUUCCUGAAGGUCCCUGAGAUACAUGCUGAAUGGAGGGCCUAUUGUGAUCAACAUUGCGUCUACUCCAAUACGAGGCUGGACACUGGCACGACGAUGUACAUCAUGGAUAAGUUGAUGACGAAGGUUGCUGCCUACGACCUGUGGGAUCACUUAGUCGACAUCUUCAAGUUCUGCAUCCCAACGAAUGAUGGGCACGAAUGGCACUGCACAGAACGGAAAGAUUGGGUAAAGAUCCUCGCCCUCUUCAUGCCAAUCACCCACGGCAAGAGGGACGGAGAGAAAGUCAAGGUCGAGGUCUUGGCCGAGAAAGCCAAGUUGAACAGGGCUUUCAAAGCGAAGGCUGCCGCGGACACCACCGAGAAGGACGAGGGGAAGAAGGAUAAGACUCGCAAGAAGGGCAAGGGCAGGGGAGCGAAAGGGAAGGGCAAAUCCACCGAAGUCUUCAAUCAGUUCCAGGCAACCAAGGGCGGCAGGGAUGUGAUCAUGUUCGAGGAGAUCAUCGGCACCAUUGAGUACGCGGUAGAGGACAUCGGCGACCAGUACAUCAAUCGCAGCGUGCUUUCACAGAUGAAGGAUGUUUGCAUCACUUGGGCGUUGCAAGGCGGCACCGUCGAAGCACCUCCGCUCGUCGCCCAGGCGCAAGUUCUGAAGUACGAGGCCGAUGAGAAGAAGAUCGAGAGGCUGAAGAAGACGUUGGUGAAGACUUCAUGGUCGUCACUGAAGAAGCACGUCGUGAUGCUCAUCCGAGAGAGGCGCCAAUUCGCCCCCAAGACCGACAUGGACGCCGUGCUGGGAGAAGAUACUCAGGAACAUAUUUCGUCGGCAGCGACCGGGGGCAGCGUCGCUCGCAUGAAGCUUGACCCUUCCGAGUUCCCUGGCGUCCUGAACGUCUGCAAGCUGGAGGAAGCGGUUGCCAUGGUCACGGACGAGUGCAUGAUCAUCUACAAAAACUUCAUCAGCAAGAACACCCCGAACCACAUGUUCUGCCCGACGGGCGUGCUCAAGAUGAGCCAGCCAGCCCUUCAGAGCAUGGGAUCAACCUUGUACGCUCUCGUGACAGACCCCGAUGCCAUCAAGCAGUGGCCUAGCAUGGACGUGGACGAGAGCAUCAAAACGUUCGUUGGUAUGAUUGCCUCUGCUAUAUUUCGGACGAUGCCGCAGGACAUGGUCCAUUUCAUGCGUACUCUUCACACUGCGGUCGAUGAGUCAGGAAGUGGUUACGCAGAGCUAUCAAAAUCGAAGAUCAAGGUGUUGCGGACCGCGCUGGAGUACGCCCUGAAUCUGAUUGCAGAUGCUCCAAUGCUCAUGGCUGCAGCCGCCCACGCAUCCGACGAACAACACGAUGACGCUUUCGAUAAGAUGACCGAGCUCUGGGGGAAGCUGAAGCUCGCGGCAAGUUUCAUCGACAACUACUCGCUCGAAGCCUGUGCAGCCGACGCCCAGGCCACCUGCCAGGACACUUGGGUUGCGAUGUGGAGCAAGCUUUUGAUCGAGCUCAUGAAGAAUCCGAGCGACUCGAUUGCUAAGAGGCCUAGGACUGAGUUGGAGUUCAAGGAAUGGGCCCGCGCACAGUCUGCAAAGAUCAGCGAGGGUGAGAGCCCCAUGGCGCUGAGCAUCGUCAGUGCAGACAACGAGCGCUCGUCUCCGACUGAUUCCUACACGGCCUUGGGUUAUCGGCCAAUCUCCGUCGACACCUCCGCCAACGAGUUCGUGGCGAUGGCUCUCGCAAACAGGAUCACGUCUUUCAUGAUGGGCCAGUUGAGUAAGGAUGUUGGCGCGGACCUGGUCAAGCAUAAGGAAGUUGUGAAGCCAGAUGGAACAACUACGAUCACUGCCAAGAUGUUCAGCGACUUCGGCUUCGACAAAUCUCAAAACAGCUGCAAGGAGUUAUCCUUCACGAUGUUCGGGAAUACUUUCUUGAUGAAGAUCGGGGUGCAGCCGACGCAGAGGGCCAUCGCGCGCCUCGGCGAGGUGGUGAUUGGAGGGGCCACCUACGUCAUCUGGGCUUCGCCAACGCCUGCGAUGCAUAACCCGACAGGCGGACUGUUCGUGCCAGCGUGGGGCGUCAUCAAGAUCAGAGAGUAUGAGGACGGCACUGCUCCGAACACUACCCUGAGUACGACUCGCGUUGAGCUGGAGGUCCCUGAGUGCUCCGAGCCGUUUGCUCUUCCAAAGUGUACGUUGUCUGUUCCUGUUCUCAUUCCAAACAUCGAGUUCCUGAAAAAGAAUGGUGCCACCGAGAUGUUGGAGUUGACAAGGCCGGAGCUUCCAGAGGAGAAGCACGUGAGGCUUGCGUCGUCAUGCAACACUCGCAACAAGCGCACUCUUAAGGCUGAGGGCUCCGACGAUCUGAACGGAGAGCACGUGCAAAAGUUUGCGAAGCGAGCCGCAGCAUAG